UCGCCGUGUGGCCGAAAGCGGGACAGCGGGUCAGCGAUUUAUGCUUAACUGUCUUUAACCUUAUUUGGAGCCCUGCAAGCGAAGCCGGCUGAUCAGCUAGCCAAGCCGUAUUCGCAUCGUAUGACAUCUGCACGCCUCCAUAUUGGCGACGGGCUGAGUUGCUCUGGACAUGUUGGCGUAACAAAGGACGCUCUUCGACGUGAUGCCGACGGACAGCGAGCGCAAUGUGCGCCGUUGAGUUUCAACGACCGACGUGCGAGAAGGGAUCCUCGUACGGCAGAUUAGCUGUGUUGGUUCGCUGACGCGGCCGCGGGCAUGCUCCGCACUCCGAUCCGCAAGGCUUGGCCACUUGUCGAAACAAGGGCGUUUGCUGCUUGGCUUGCUUGUGUGGGCUGGGCCAAUACACCUGGGCUCGGGCCUUUGUCUCGCUGUGGCAAGCUGAGACGCCAGUGUCCCAAGCUUGGGAGGAGUCUCCUGAUGGCGCUGCCUGGGUCGUCCAAGACAACCCCAGGCUGGGCCCGCCGCGUAGUGGAUACACGGUGCCCGCGACAGCCGGCACCAAGCGGAACAAUCAAGGAAGCAGACUAUUGGCAACCAGUUGCGAGGAUGACAGGUUGCGUUCUGGAAGAGGAAAAGGCAUCGGACCCGGGAUUGUGGGCGAUUUGAG